AUGAUAUCAAUAGAAAGACCAUUUGCCACACUUUUGGUCGUGUACUGCGUUCUGCAGUCAACGGUUCGAGGACAAGAUCUAAUGUCAAUGUCGAUGGAUCUUGAGAAUCGAGACGGUACAUUAGAUCCCUGUUUGGCAGCCUUCUUCGGCAUAUGGACAGAUUCAGACUUAUUAGACUGUGGCGAUAUAAUAGCGGACGGUAUACCAUCGCCCACUCGGCGCCCAGUCGACUUUCUUCUUCCAAUUGGAUCUCAGUCACCAACUAUUGUACCAUCCAAGAGACCUACAUCAGAGACAUCAUCCAUGCCUUCAUCAAGGCCUGCAAACACAUCAUAUCUGACACCCGCAACAAAUGGCCCUUCCGCGAAGCCAACAAUAGCACCUUCGACCACGCGAACCAGCGCAACAAAUAGAAAACCAACCCGAUCCCCCACAUCAAUGCCGACUUUAGAGCCGACGUUGAGACCAACUAAUGCACAGUCUGGUAGACCAAGUACAAGACUAGUAUCGAAUGUAACUGCUCAACAACCUAGUCAGCCUUCUAUGACUUCGAGUUCUUCUAUGCCUAACACCGAUCUCGCCGGAGCAUCGUCGUUAGUGCCUACCUUGAACCCAACGUCACAACCAAGCGUGAAACGUUCCAGUGAGCCAACCAAGAUACCAAGCACUUCGUCUAACACUGUACCAACUCGAUCACCAACAUCCAUGCUGAUUUUUAGACCCACAUUUCGACCAAGUACGGAUCAGUCUAGUGACCCCACCUUUGUUUCCAGCUCAACGCCAAUUGUCAAACCGACGCAAUCGCCAACAGCUCCACCAACUCAAGAACCGACAAAUCAACCAUCUAUAAAACAAUCGGAAAUUCUAGCGCAAAUUUUGAGCGCACCUCCAAGUAUCAAGCCCACACAAGAAGCGACGUCCAUUCCAUCUUCAAUACCAACGUCGAAACCGACAGUUGAAACCUCUGCAACUCCAAUUGCAUCCCCGACUUUGUCUCGUACCACAGAGCCGACGGAAGUGCUUACUGCUAUAUCAACUUCCACACCAUCUGCAGAGCUAAGUUUGGAGGGCUCUAGCAAGCCAACUGCGAUCUCUAGCUUAUCACCAUCUCAAGACCCAACUUGGAUGCCGACAAGCGAUAGGGCAUCACAGCCAGGCUUGGAAAAUUCUGGGAUUCCUUCCUUGACUCCGAACUCAGCAUCAAUUACCAUACCACCGACUCUAGAACCAAUGUCAGAACCAAGCACGGAGAACUCUGAUGCAGUAACUGCCUUCCCAAGUAAACAGCCCAGCCCAAAGCCAAAUCGAUUACCAACAAUGCACCCAAGCUCGGCACUGACGUCACAUCCAACUAUCGAUGAUUCGGAAAUGCCCAGUUUGGCAAAAAGCUCACCACCAAGUAGCAAGCCUUCCCAAGCAUUAUCACUGACCCCAACUCACGAAACGACCAUGGAACACUAUGUUGUACCAACUCUGACCUUUAGCGUAUCCCCAAGCAAAGGGCCAACAAUGAAUCCUACAUUUGUGCCAACUUCAGGACCGACUUUGGACCCUACGCCGCAACCUUCAGAUUCCCCAACCACUACUCCAACUUUGGCUGCUAGUAUCGAGCCAACAGGAAUACGUGCUACUGUGUCAACUUCAGAACCGACUUUGGACCCAACGUGGCAGCUUUGCGAUUCUCCGACCACUUCUCCAAAUGUGUCUGCUAGUAUCGAGCCAACGGAAUUACAUACAGCUGGGCCAACUUCAGAACCGACUUCGGAGACGCCCAGUAUCACAUCAGUGACUUCUAGUUUAUCUCCAAGUGCCGGCCUAGCUCAAUUGGCAACAUCAAUGCCAACAAGUAGCAGGAUGUCAGAACCGGGUUUGGUGCCACUAAACCUACCUACUGCUAUGCCGUCCCGCAGUUCCUCCCUUGCACUCCCAUGCCGUGGGAUGCAUACAGCAGAUAGACGACGACAAAUUGCUCGUGCAAUUGCCUCCAUCUCAGGUGCAAAUGUGUUUGGCAAUACCAUGAGCCCAGAGUGGCAAGCAUUUUCUUGGCUGGUGGUCAGCGAUAAACGGUCUCUUUGUCCCGGUGACAGCAACCUCCAUCAGCGGUAUAUUCUUGCAGUCUUAUACUUCAUAACAGAUGGAGACAACUGGAUAAAAUGCAGAAGGGAUGGUCUAGCUCCAUGUGCUGGUCAAAACUUUCUUAGUGAGGACAGUGAGUGUGAAUGGGGUGGAAUAACUUGCAGCGAAACCGGCCAAGUUAUCCGAAUCAACCUUGAUGAAGCAAACCUGAAGGGCUCAAUUCCAAUGGAGCUCUCUUUCCUGGAACAUCUGAAAGAGAUUGACCUGGAUAGUAAUGCUAUUGGAGGUUCAAUUCCAACAGAGCUCGGCAAUCUACAGCAUUUAGAAAGAUUAGAUGUCGACUCUAACAAUCUAUCUGGAUCUUUGGAUUUUUCACUCUACUCAAUGUCUCUAAAAUUUUUCGAUGCGGAUCGAAACAAUUUUUCCGGAAGCCUGUUAGGGUUGGAAAAAAUGGAGCAGUUGAUUUUCUUUCAAGUCGACUACAACAAAUUGACUGGAUCAUUGCCGGAUUUGGGCAACUUGCACAAGCUGCAAUACUUUUCUGUUUUUGGAAAUGAUUUCGACACAACAGUUGGAAUCCCCGAGAUUGACAUUCGGCAUGAUUCCAAAACGAUUUUAAAUCACAUAAAGCUACAGUAUCGAGCAUCGUACAAACACGCAGCCAUCAUGAAGUUGUCCAUUAUCGCCGUCAUGCUCCUCCCGGCCCUUUCUGCUGCCUUCAGCCCUGCCCAACCAAGAGGAUUCAACACUGCUUUGGAAGGUGCCAAGAGCUAUGAAGAAGAUCUUGAGAUGACCCGACAAGUCAUUAACAGUUUCAAUGAUGAAGGCGCCGGAGAGGAGAAAAAGGAAACGAAGGAAAAUAAGGAAGAAACGCCAAAGGAAGAGUAA